AUGCCACGCUAUCAAAAGCUUGUCAAUGAAACCGACUCGGAGCAGCAGCAACAGCAGCCACCUAAUGUUGGCUAUCAUCUGUAUUUGUAUCGCGAGCAGUUGGCUCGUCGCAAUGUAGAAUAUAUGCGACUCUCGAAAGCCAAGUAUUUCAUCACCGAAACCCUGUUGGCCAAAACAGUCCGCAAUCUGAAGGGUUGCAGCCUCGACGAACUGAAGACGGUCAACAAUCAGAUUGUGUUCAAGCACAAGUUGCGCUACCAAAUUCAUCGCCUUCGCAAACUACAAAAUCUGGGCAUUCGCAAUGCCAAUCCGCACAUGGAGAGCACUGAAUUAUAAGUGGGGGAGUCAAGGAUUCAGCAAGGAGCAGCA